GCUGAGGUCAGGCAUGCCGCGCCACGCCAUGGCAUGCCUUGUCACGGCCUGCCGCGGGCUGGAUCUGCAUACCCGCGUCUUGGUGGAGGUGGAACGCAACGUAGGGGCCGGGGGUGACCAGGCAUCCGCGAAGAGAGAUCCAUAUUCUUUAGUCCUGGGCCUCACAAGUAGGUACGGAUACUUGGUACGCGAUAGAUGUUGGCGAUGUGCAAAGAUGCUACUCUGCACCGGUGUGCCGUACGGACUCGUUGGGAGUGAAGGGAUUCGGCAGUGACCAUGUGCUGGACAGAAAGGUCGAGGAUAGGACGAAAGACGCUUGCUCCGCCUCGUCAGUAUCCUGUUUGGUCAUUGUCAUUGGAAAGCUUUGCGUUGCGUUGCCGUGUAAAUGGCUAUGCAGACUCAGAGAGAGUGGUGUGUCCCGUCUCCGAGCCACACGGGGAGGAACGCAGCCGUUGUCUGCAAUCAAACAGAUGGUAGGAAACGCGGCAUGGAGAGUCUAAUCAGCAGGGUUGGGGCAUGCCCAUUUUGGAUCUAGGCUGAGCCAAGCCGAGCGAGACGAGGUGUGCUGGUGCCAGUGGUGCACGGUGUGGUCCCAAACAGUUCGACAGACAUCUCUGGCAACGAUUGCUUGGUAACAGUGGAGUAGUUUGUCGCUUGCCGCAAUGGUGCGGACGUUGAAGCUCGGCUUGCGUUUGCGUUGUCGGGCGACUGUAUCCGUCCAGACAUUGGCGAUCUUGUUGGAGACGAAGAAUUGGAACGGAGAGGAGGACAACCAGCA